AUGAAGCAUUUCUUCGAGACUAUAAACCCUCUAAAUGGUUUUGAUGGAAAAGAAGCAUUAGAAACUUACAUGUGGGAGCAGUCACUGAAGGUCGAACCUAAGGAUCCAGAUAAAAUGGAAGUCAUUAAGCCAUCAAGACCAGUCCAAGUUUUGAAAUCGCCAGGCAUCAAACCUCCCAAAGCAAUCUCAUCUGUUCCAUCAGUAAGUGGACCAUCGAAUCACUACUCAGGUCAUCGUGCAAGUGGGCGAGGUUUCACAGCUCAUAAUAAUUACAGUUCUAAUGUGUCUCAUUCAUCUGACGUAUCACGUCCGAACUUUUUAUCGAUUUUGGAGGAUAGGAAUUCUCAUCUGGGAAUGGUUGAAAUUAAUCCAGGUCAGCAGCCGCGGUAUCUUGGUGAUGCGAAACGUGGUACUCAAUCAACGGUUACUUCUCCAACUGAAUCGCGAGCGCCACCGAUAAUGCCAAGAGUUAGACAUCGCAAUGACAAAGCUUCUUCAACACCUCCAAGCCCUCAAUCAAAAUUAAUCGACCAUUCUCCCAGCUCAUCGCCACCUCCCCUAUAUCCUCGAAAAUUGUCGAGUUUAGAACAACCUGCACCCCCGACACCGUUUAAAGUAUUACCUCACCUAUCUCCAACUUUGAAUGAAUCAAUCCCACCUCAUUCAGCACCAUUCUGUUCCGUUAGUCCAGUAGACUCAUUUGUUUUCCCUCCUCAUGGAGGAAGCGCAGCUUGUUCUCGAGCAACUCUUGGAAGUGUUCCAAUUACAGUGACGCCCAUGAUUCGUCCCUUAGCUGCUCCAACAGUUCCACCAAGGAAGAAAGUUGAAAAGUUACCAUCUCCACUCUCCGAUGUUACUAUGCUAACUGUUUGGGAUGGGGAAAAUAGACCAACAGUAUCUGAUAUGAACGCUGCCACGCUAUCACCACUACCGUCGUCAUCAGUAUCAGCUUUGAAUAAUAUUGGAACCACAAUUGAAGGGCCUAGGUUAUAUCCACGGAAGACUCAUCCCUUGGAACCACCCCCAAGACCACCAAAAACGCUGAACAGCAAAAAAUGUCAAGAAUUGCUUGAUGGGAAAAGUGAUGUAGAAGUGAAUUGUAAUUCACCUCCUCCUCCUUUACCACCCAAAACAUACAAACGGAAGCAGCAAAAUCGUCAGUUUUAG